AUGCUCCGUCAUACUACCAUCCUUGACAGUGACGACGAGGAGGGUGAUUACAUUCAAGACCCCAUCCAGUCAGACGACAAUGCUAUCGAGUCGGACGAUUACGAGCCUCCUCCACGACCAUUCAGGCGCUCAAGGAUCAACGAGGAAGAAGAAACAUCAGUACAAACACAGUCUUCAAAACGGCGUACAAAGAAGGACCCUCCAGCAGGCCGCAAGAAACGCCGUGCAUCCCCAACAGGCCAGAAGAGGAAGAAGCUCAUGGACGGCCUUAUCGCACACGCUAAGAAGGGAGGGUCACAGGAGAACACACCCGAAGGCUCCAACUCCACUGAUGGCAGGAAUUCGCGCAAUCUCGACGUUCUAGUCAACAAGUGCGGCAUGAGCUUACGCUCAGGAGCAGUAUCUGACUAUACACCGACCCCCGGACGUCUACUUCAUGUGUCUGAGUUUGAAAAUCAAGGACGUGACUGGCAGAUCAUCCAAAUCGAAACCCGUAACAUCACUCGCGGCGAUGACACCUUCCCCGUCUGGUGGGCGACUCCACAGGACUUGUCACGACCAGGCAGCCAUACUAUAGUCCCAUACAGACUCAAUCCCCGUGGAGCAAGGGAACGGAUCACGAGAAACAAAGUGUUUGUUGGGCACGGCCCUUAUCCUAUCCCGGAUGAUGGAUGUCUCGAACUGCACAUUUGUCCGACCAAGGACGAUGCUAUUGCUCUCUGUACCAUCCUUUGCGACAUCCUCAACAGGUUUCCCGAAGACCUUCCGGUCGAUAACUGGAAUGCAACUUGGGGUCAUGGAGGCCUCAAAGGGGCCCCUCAAAAUGCUGUCAGAUUUGUAGAGGUGGCUGCCCUCUUUGCAUGGAAUCCGCACGUCGACAUUCGUCGUAUCGGUACACCAUUCAAACCAUACACAAAGGCCGACAAACGAAGGGGUGCGUAUGGUCAGAUGCUCUCAAUCGAACUCAACAAGGACAAAACCCUUAUUCAAGUGCAAAAGAGCGAGUAA